AUGGCCGCGCCAGCCAACACCGACGCGCUGGGUCUGCUGAGCGCCGCGCUCAACUCUUCCGACAAGCACGAUGAAGCUCGCCACCUCUCCGAGCUCUACAACCUCCUCAAAGUGCAGCCCGGCAACAUUCCUAUUCUACUUCCGUCCUUAAUCUCUCUCUUGCCAAAAGCGAGUACAUCACUACGAACAUGGAUCGCCCAGGUCAUGGACCUCGCCUUCUGCCGUCCGGCCCUCUCGCAGGACACCAAAGCCACGCUCGCCGUGCACGCUCCCGAGGCUAUCCUCUUGCUCAUCAAGGAUAGAGAUCCGCGUCUCGCCAAAAUUGCUGCUCAGUGCUUCGCCAGCAUGUACCCCGUCUUGUUUCGACUCGUGUGCAACGAUCGCGCCAAGUCCAACCUCUGGCAGACCGUGCAAGCCAUCAAAGCGCAGGUCGUGCACCUCUUCGAUCAUGGCAGUCAAGGUGCCAAGCUCGCCGUCAUCAAGUGCUAUCAGCGAAUCGUCCAGGCUCAGUCGCGCGGCUCCACGGAUCCUCGUGCUCAGCUUCGGAACGACGUCAGCCUCAGCAGCGUUCCCACCUCGCACCCUUUCCUCAAUGCAGCCAACCUAGAAGAAGAAGCCAACCGUCUUUUCGCGCAGAUCGUCACUUUGAUCUUCACCAGCGACACCACCGACCUCAUCAUGGCCUCAGUCAACUCGUUGGCCAUUCUCGCAAAGGCACGUCCUCAGCUCGGCUCAGUCAUCCUACGCGCCAUGGCAACUUGGACUCCCGCCAGCCUCGGCAGUCUCUCACACACCCAAAUACGCAACGUCGAAAAGACGGUUCGCGUCUUUUACCUUCACGUCAGACGCUUCCAGCUCGCAGGUCCCGAGGCUGCUUCCAUCCAAAAAGCACUCGAGACACAGCAACGUCGUAUGGAGGAGGCCGCCAAGGCCUACCAGGCACAAAAAGAGGCCGAAGCCAAGCGCAAACGCGAGCAGAUCGACGAGGAACUCGAGAACUCCAAAAGGGUUAAGCUCGAACCCCAGCAACAAAACGCGCCCCCGGCUUCCACCUCAGAGCACAGCGAUCCUGCAGCAGGCCAGGCUUUCCGUAAUGCCUCGGUCAGGACGACAGGCGGCGUCGAUCACAAUCCCCUCGCUGCUUUCGAUGUCAAAACCCUUCCUAUUUCGCUAGUCAUCGAUCUCAUCGUCGCAAAUUUGCAAGCACUUUCGGAUCAAGACCUCGAAGCUGCGAUCGCCAAUAUGCGCGCCAACUUGCCACCAGAUGCGUCCACAACGGCACCGCCACCACAACCUCCUUCUGCUCAGGCGCCACUGCCACCACCGCCACCUCCUCCUGGUCCUGCUCCCGGUCCACCCCCAGGGCCGCCGCCCAUGGCCACGGGUGCGGUGCAUACCAAUGGCGAGCCAUCUCUAGCGUACGUCAAAGCAGAGCCAACAGGCGAGGAUGGCGUAGCGAUGGACUCUGCUGAGGAUUCGGUACCAGAUCCGCUCCAGAUGGACAUUGCAGAGGAAGACCUCGAAGCAUUGGAAGCGAGCGGUCGCGAAAGAGAUGCUCGACGUGGCGCAGAGGAAGCAGAGGAUGAGGAGGAGGAAGAGGAAAUCUCACAGGCAGUCAUCGAAAACUUUGCACUCGCGCCGCCAGAGUACCUUUCCCUCGCCGAAUCCGACUCACUCAUCAAAGAAACCAUUGCGAGGAUAUGCGACUUUGGCUCGACCGCGUCCUCCGCGCUUGCUGCGAAUCCAGCAGUUCAGUCCGAGUCCGGUUCUCAGGCGCUUUGGUCUUCCUUGGUCAUCCGUCUCGCAACGCGUGGCCUCGCUGAGCCUUCUUCCUCCGGAUCUGAGUCAUCACCUCAGGCCGAUACCAAGGUCGUAGGCGGCGUGGAGCCGACACGAACGCUCUCCGCACAAGCUGAUAUCAUUCGCGCCUUGAUGCUCGAGUUUACCAAAGCCGACUUCACUCGUCGAACACGAUUUGCCGUCACGUGGAUGGCCGAGGAGUGGUUCUGCGACCGAGUGCACCGAAAGCAAGCCGCAUCUGCCGGCGUCGAGAGCAAGGACCAGUACCCGAUAUGGCUCGAGAAGCUCGUCCGGGCGUGGAUCCCGACCAUCGAUGCCAAGGACCGCUCCCUCGCCAAAUUUCUCGCCGAUCUGCCAGAAAUCCCGCCUGCAGUCCUGGACCUUGUUGCGGCGCUCAGCAAGGACAAGGUCAGGAUGGUGGCGGGCAUGUCGACCUUGCAAGACAUUUGCAUUUCGCGCCCUGCGUUGCGGGAUCAGUCGGCGGAGAAACUGCUGCAAUUGACGAGGACAAGCGAUCGAAGUACUCGAGCCAGAGCUAUCAUUGCGAUCAAGCAGUGUGCUAUUGCCAACGCCACCCUCGAGGCGACGAUUCUCGCUUUCGCACGUAGCAAUCUUGACGUGCUGAUCGAGACGCCGCAACCUGCGGAGGCAUCAGCGGAGGAGGACAAGAAGAAUACGGAAGACACGACCGAUGCAAACGGCGCCAACGGCACGAUCAAAGCAGACGACGAGGCCACUCCGAUCGAUCUUGCACAAACCUCUGAAGAGGACGCAGAAAAGCCCGAAUCCACCCAUCCCACGGACAGUGAGGACGUGUUGCGCUUCGUAGAGCUCCCCUUCUCGCUUUGCACCAAGAUCCCCGACAUGCUCGACGAGAUCUUCCUCGCCUACCCGCGCACCCCCGCAUUUGUCCAAUCCGCGAUCGAGACGCACAUCGUCCAACUCAUUCGAGCACUCGGCCCUUCGCAUCCACGGCUCCUCACGCUGCUCCGCAACUUUCCCGAUGGCGCCGAUUCGCUCGCCUUGUGCAUCCUCAAGACUCUCACGGAGAAGACGCGAACACCGGCGAUUGUCGAGUUGGUCAAGGAGUUGGUGGAUACACGAGAUGUGGAUCCCCGCUUCCUGGUGCCGAUCAUGGCGGAUCUGGAUAAAGCCGAGAUUAUGAAGAGGUUGCCGAGGGUAGUGACGAUUCUGGCGUCGAGGGCGCCGGAGGACAGGGCGUUGAUCAAGUCGGUGUUUCAAAGUAUCGUUCAGAUGCCACCUCAAGGAUUUGGAUCGGUAUCUUCCAAUCUUCCACGCGUACGGUCUACCGAGCUUUUGACACCGGUCGAGCUCAUGGGUUUGCUUCAUAAUUCCGAACGAGAGAUAGGGCUCAAAAACACGGUCGCAGCGAUUCAAAUUUGCUUCUCGAUGACCGACGUCUAUCGUUCCGAGGUUCUAGCAGCGGUGUUGAACCAAAUCGCGGAGGAACCGACGCUGCCGAUGCUCUUCAUGCGAACGGUGAUCAUGGCGGUCUCGACGUACAAGAGUCUCUCUGGUUAUGUUGCGAGGAAUCUGCUGUCGAGGUUGAUUACAAAGAAGAUCUGGUUGAACGCGCCGUUGUGGGAUGGAUUCUUACUGUGCGCCAAGCAGACGGCUCCGAGUAGCUUCGGCGCAUUGAUACAGUUGCCGAGGGAACAGUUGAGGGAGGUCGUGGGGAGACAGCCGGAGUUGAGGACGGGACUGGUGGAGUAUCUGACGGGCAAGGCGGGGGGUAAUAGGGCAAGGUUGGCGAGUUUCAUGGAUAUGUUGGGUCCGGAGCCGGAAGGUGCAGGGGCGGGGUCGGAGAGCAAGGAUGGACAGGUGGAAGGAGAGGUCGCUUCUGCAUGA